GAAGUGACCACCAUCUACACCAUGGACGAGGGCGUGCAGGCCGGGGAGGGCCUCCAUGCGGAAGGCCUCCCGGUGCUGUAUGACCAGGCCCAGCUGGUGCGCAUGCUGAGCGAGGGGCUGGAGAAAGAACUGCCCAAAGACGCAUCGCUGAUAUCACUUGGCGCGAGCAAGUCGGUGUGGGGGAAGUUGUGGGUGGCGGCCGAGAACACCUUCACGAUUUGGGGGACAGUUGUCGUUCUGAUUCUCACGCGCAUCAAGGAGAUCGGUUUGAAGCAGGCCCUCACUGCCGAAGAGCCCUACGGAGAGGUGAGCAGCACACACAGGACAGCAAUGCACACACUGCACACACAGCAGGCUGCCCCUCAUUCUGUUGCUCCCUUUCCUGUCAGUUGCCCUUGGGUGGCCUGGGCACGUUCCGCAUCAGCGCAUCCCUCUCGGUCUUCCUGCGGGACAUAUUCACCGAAACGGGCGUCAACUGGGGCUUCCAAACCCUGUACGUGCCGUCCAUCAUCCCCUUUGUCCUCGUCUCCCUCCUCACCAUGCUGCUGCACCGCAAACGGCUGCAGGCGUCACCAUGGAGGAUAUUCACCGAGACCGCCAUGCGCCUCAAGACACCUGUCAUCGCACUGUGUGGUGCCUUGUCGCUGGUGAAUCUGCUGCAGAGGGCGCCAGAGGGGCGCGAUUCGCCAGCCACGACGGUGGGCCAGACGCUGUCUGCCGCUCUGGGUGUCGGCUGGGUGGUCAUCGCACCCAUACUCGGAGCUCUCGGCAGCUUCUUCUCUGGGAGCACCACGGUGAGUUGGUGAGGCAUGCGUGGAAAGACGAUACUUGAAUCAAUGGCUGGUCUUGGUUUUCCUUAAUCAGGUGGCGAAUCUGACGUUUGGUGAUAUCCAACGAGUGGCGGCCGAAGAUCUGGUGAGUGGGCUGAGAUGACUAGAGAUGGCGUGCUCUCGUGUUGCUGACCUGACUGUUGGUCUUGUUGGUCUGUCAGGAAAUGUCCACGACAUCAUUCCUGGCCCUGCAGUCCAUGGGUGCCGCACUGGGCAACAUGGUGGGUGAGAGGUUCAAGAGACAGAAAACGAUCAUUCCUGCGCGUCUUCACUUCCCCUGUGUUUGCUGUCUGUCUGUCUGUCUGCCUGUCUGUCUGUCAGAUCUGCAUCCACAACAUCCUGUCUGCAAGGACGGUGUUGGGCGUGGAGGAGCCCGAGGGCGUCUUCAUCAAGAAGACGGCCCUCCCAGCGCUUGUCUACUACGUCAUCGGCACAGCACUCGGUGCGCUCCUGAUCUUCACCACUGCCUGGUGGGGAGCCGUCGACGUCGCGUGAGAGAGACUUCUACUGGCUGGGCCAUCCAUCUUUUUGGCCUCUCUGAUGACAGACAUCGUCUGCCGCAUUUAUACAUACACACACACGUGUGGUUUCCGGUCGUGGUGUGAUGGAUGUCCGUUAUGGUGCCUUUUUGGGAGGGGAGGGGAGUGAGUGUUGAUUCGCUAUCGCGAUAGCCUGCAGUGUCUUGGUUACUUACAUUCAUGUGGUGCAGUCAGUGUGGUGUGUUUUAUAGCCAGGCAGGGAGGUAGAUCGAUCCGUGUCGGUCUGUCAGCUCCCGACGAGGCAGUCGUCCCUUUAUGGAGCUGCGCUGUGCGGGAGCAGAGGGCGGCGGACACCAUUAGGCAGGCCACGUUUUUGCGGCCGGUUUCUAGUAGGCAAGAAGGAAG